AUGCUAUUUAUUUUGCGUAAGUCGUGCUGGUUCAUUCGUGCCAAACUUUCAACAACAAUCCGGGUUUGGGCUAGUUUUAGAGAUUACAACAUGAGGCUGGUCAUUUUGGAAGACUAUGCCCUGGCUAGUGAAUGGGCAGCUAAAUACAUCCGAAACAGAAUCAUCCAGUUCCAGCCCACUGCAGAGAAGUUCUUCACUUUAGGUCUGCCAACAGGAAGCACCCCAUUUGGCUCUUACCAGAAGCUGAUCGAAUACCAUAAACAAGGCGAUAUUUCCUUCAAGUAUGUGAAGACCUUCAACAUGGAUGAAUAUGUUGGCCUACCUCGUGCACACCCAGAGAGCUACCAUUCUUAUAUGUGGAAUAACUUCUUCAAACACAUCGAUAUAGAUCCAGCCAACGCCCACAUUCUGGAUGGAAACGCUGAGGACUUGGAGGCAGAAUGUCAAGCCUUUGAGAAGGAAAUUUCCAAAGCAGGAGGAAUUGAGCUUUUCGUUGGAGGUAUUGGUCCUGAUGGACACAUAGCAUUCAAUGAGCCAGGCUCCAGUCUCGUCUCUAGAACUAGAGUGAAGACUCUGGCUAAGGACACUAUUGUUGCAAAUGCACGCUUCUUUGGCAAUGACCUCUCCAAGGUGCCUACGAUGGCUCUGACAGUUGGUGUUGGGACUGUUAUGGACGCUAAAGAGGUGAUGAUUCUGAUCACAGGAGCUCACAAAGCCUUUGCGCUGUAUAAAGCCAUAGAAGAAGGGGUGAACCACAUGUGGACAGUGUCAGCCUUCCAGCAACACCCUCACACCAUCUUUGUCUGCGAUGAGGACGCCACCUUGGAGCUACGAGUGAAAACUGUUAAAUACUUUAAAGGUCUCAUGCAUGUCCACAACAGACUGGUGGACCCUGUGCUGAGCAUAAAGCAGCAGUAA